GACAGACAGACGGAAAGAGAGGGAGAGAAUGAUACGUAUUCAGUUCCAGUUGAGGCGGAGCGACGUGUUUUUUAGUCGACACCACUUUUCCUCUGACUGUAUCUCUGUCUCUGACUAGAAUCUGGCCGACAACAUGCCUCAAGCAUGACAAUAAACUGGUUUAGCUGGGUGAAGGCAGGGGCAGGAAGGUAAGGCGGCGUAACACAAAACUUGAGACGAGUCUCAGAUGGAGCAGAUACACGACGAAACUGUGGAUGGAAACGUGGUGGAAAAGACAACAUGACUGCGUUCAAGUUUGAACAACGAGUAAAGUGACGAGUAACAAACAGCACGACUACAGAAUGGCACGACGCUCUCAGUGUUCCUCUGCUGGGGACAACCCUCUGGACCCGAACUACCUCCCUCCUCACUAUCGGGAAGAUUACCGAUUAGCUAUUGAUGCGCUGGUUGAGGAGGAUUUGGAAGGAUACUACAAGUUCCUCCAAAAAGCCGAUGUGGUGGAUUUCCUGUCAACACCUGAAAUUCAGUAUAUUCAGAGCUUUAUUCGAAGUCCUCAUCAAAGCUACCACCCUGAGCAACAGUUUCAGGAGACUGAGGGAGAUGGCUCUUCAGACACUUACUGGCCAAUUCACUCUGAUCAGGAUGUACCAGGGUUGGACCUUGGUUGGCCUCAACUGCAUCGCUUCAUUGGGCCCACAGAGGUCACCACUUUGGUCAACCCCCCUGAGCCUGACAUGCCAAGUAUCAAGGAGCAGGCUCGGAGACUUAUAAAGAAUGCUCAGCAGGUCAUUGCCAUAGUGAUGGACAUGUUUACUGAUGUUGACAUGUUUGCGGAUAUACUCAAUGCUGCCAUGAGGAGUGUUGCUGUCUACAUCCUUUUAGACGAGCAGAACACGGAUCACUUCCUCAACAUGGUGUCCAACUGCAGGGUCAAUCUACAGAGCAUUCAAUUUUUACGUGUGAGAACAGUGUCAGGCAUCACGUACCACUGCCGCUCAGGGAAAUCCUUUAAAGGUCAGAUGAUGGAUCGCUUCUUGUUGACAGACUGCAGAGCUGUGCUGAGUGGAAACUACAGCUUCAUGUGGUCGUUUGAGAAGCUUCACCGCUGUAUGGCACACCUAUUUCUAGGACAGCUUGUAUCAACCUUUGACGAAGAGUUUCGUAUUCUUUUUGCUCAGUCCCAGCCUCUGAUGGUUGAAAAUACACUUGCUCCAAUAGAAGAUUUUGCCGCAUUACAAAAGAGGCAAAACCCAAGUGAAAGAACUCCUCUGUUCAGAGAGCCGAGAACAUUUCUACCACUGGAUUCAGAGGAAAGGAUGAGACAUUCCUAUGAUGAACAAAUGGAUGUGGACUGGAGAAUGAUGUCUCUUAAGAGGCAAGAACCUCAGCACAGCCCUGCAGAUGUUUAUAGUAGGUUUCCCUCCCCACAGCCUCGCAUCGAUUCAUCUCAUGAUCAGGGCCCCUACCGAAUGUCAAUGUUAGAAAAUCCUGCAUUCAAACGCCAUAGUUAUGCUGAAGGUGUUCAAGGUCGAUAUUCUUAUCCACAUUUGCAGCCACAGGGAAUGCCAGAGCCUGAGAACCAGGGAAGGCAGUUUCACAGGGGACAGCAGCCCUGUCAAGGUCCUGUUCUAGCACCAGAAGCAGAUUACAGUGGCUAUGACAAGUUCUGGAAUCAAGACUUUCAGUCAGAUCAAUACUCUGCAUCUGGUUUACCACAAGAGAUGCAACCACCUGAUAACUUUGACCCUGUGCUUAAUUAUUUAUCAUCUACAAGAUAUGUUGACUUUGAUCAGAGCUCAGAGAAAUUAGUACCUGAGCCAGAUUUACUAAGUUCACCUCACCCUAAAAGACAGAGCAUGGGCUCAUAUCCUUGUCAGUCGUCUCCCACGCCCUCAAAUACAACCGAGCAAAAGCUGUUUCUCCAGGAGUCCAACGCUGACCGUAAGGAUCCUACGGUGAAACAAGGACUAAGAAACUGGAGGAUUAGCUCAUACCUCAGUACAUAUGAUAAUCCAGGAGAGGAAGGCCUGCCAUUGGCACCAAGUCAGGGAUCAGAACCCUUUGAAGAGCCUUCAAAUCCUUUACAGCAAACGGUACCAGGAAUUGAUUUGUCAUAUCCUAAAAUUCCUAAUGUAAGAGAAUUUAAGAUUCCUGCUGUACCAAGGGUAAGCCAAAUACCUUGUUACACCAAAAACACUGUGCGAGAGAAGCCAAAGAAAUUGCCUGAUGAACCUAUUGCAGUGGCACCAGAAGCCAAAACAACACCAACACCAUCUGAAUCAUCAUCUACAGCUGAUGGAGAAAAGGCAGAGGAAGCAGAACAAAAAGAACCAAAAACCACUACUCUUCUAAGGGAUGAGUCAUUCAGAAGAAAGUUCAGUGCUAUGCCACGAGGCUCUAGGUUAAGAUCAUCUUUGUUAUUCAGCUCUCUUGAUCAGCAGCAUGCUUCCCAAGAUUCCAAAACUGCUGGACAACAGGAUGAAGAAAAUGACAAAAAUGAAGCAGAGCAGACAAAACUACCUUUUGUUUUAGGACAAAAGAGAUCUAUUACACGAGAACCUUUUGAAUGGAGCCGUUACAUAAAGUCAACAAAUUUUGACAGCUCAACUAUAGAGACAUCUAAGCCAAAUGAUGAGAACAGUAAAGAAGCAAAUGUAGAUCAAUCAAAGGUAGACAAUUCAAAGGAUCUUUCCAAUAACAGUACAGUUGCUAAUUCUUCACUAUCAAAGUCACAAACUAAAUCUGAUCAGCCAGUACAAGCACCAACAUCUUUGCUCACUACUCCGUCAUAUGUCGAUAUGAAUGAUCCUGAUAACAGGCUGAUGUUUUUUAAAGAGCUGGCAGCAAAACGUAAAGCUGCUAAGGCUGCAGAAGCUGAAAUGAAUGUAGACAAGGCUCAGACGGAUGUGAAAAAUAGUACCACUCUUAGAAAGGAUGAAACCGAUACAAAAAAAGCCUUAGAGACAACGGCUAAUACUUCACAAUCAGAGGGUCUCUCUGAAAAACAUCUUACUACAACUGGUGCCGGAAAAACUUCUGUUGUUUCAGAGAAGAAAGAACUAGAAACCAGCCAACCAAUAAAAGAUUUACCCAUUUCCGCAGAGACAGAACCACCUUCACAUGAAGCUCUUAAAGAUGUAAAGCUGUCCAAACCUGCUGUAAAAGAGAGUUGUCUUGCUCAUCCACCGACAUCAACAAAUACUACGCCUGCUAAUGUUCCAUCUCCUGAACAAGGUCUACAUGGAUGUGAAAUCUCCAAGCAAGACAGUCUUGUCAAAAAUGAUGCCAUUAUCUCCCAAACCUGUAAAGAGGAACUGACUAAAAUUUCCUCCGUUUCAGAGGAGCUGGAAACCAACCAACCAACAACAUCUUUGCCUGAUGUGGCAAAAACAGAACCUCUUAAAGACUUAAUGCUGCCCAAACCUGCUGUAAAAGAGAAUAGCCUUACUCAUCCAAUGACAUCAACAAUUGCGACCCCUGCUAAUGUUCCAUCUCCUGAACAAGGUUCAAAUGAAAGUCAACUCCCCAAGCAAGAGGGUCCUGUCAAAACUGACUCAAAGAAGGUGCUGGAAAUUAGCCAACCAACAACAUCUUUGCCCAUUUCUGCAGAAACAGUACCUCCUCAACCUGAACCUAUUAAAGACUUAUUGCUGUCCAAACCUGCUGUACAAGAGAGUAGCCUUACUCAUCCAUUGACAUCAACAAAUUCUACCACUGCUUAUGUUCCAUCUCCUGAACAAGGUCCAAGUGGAAGUCAAAUCCCCAAGCAGGACAGUCUUUUCAAAAAUGAUGACAGUACCUCCCAAAGCUGUAAAGAAGAACAGACUAAAAGUUCAACUGACUCAGAGAAGGAGCUGGAAAUCAGCCAACCAAUAACAUCUUUGCCUGUUGCUGUAGAAACAGAACCCCCUCAACCUGAACCUGUUAAAUAUGUAAUGCUGUCUAAACCUGCUGUAAAAGAGAGUAGCUUUACUCAUCCAUCGACAUCAACAAAUGCUACCCCUGCUAAUGUUCCAUCUCCUGAACAAAGUUCAAAUGAAAGUCAAAUCCCCAAGCAAGACAGUCUUUUCAAAGCUGACUCAGAGAAGGAGCUUGAAAUCAGCCAACCAAAAACAUAUUUGCCCAUUUCUGCAGAAAGAGAACCACCUUCACAUGAAACUCUUAAAGACUUCUCAAAAACUGUUGUAAAAGAUAAUUGCAUCAGUCCAACAUCUACUGUCCCAAACUGUGAUUCUACCUCAAAGGAGUCCAGUUCUCCCAUUCCCAGCUCACUAGAACCACUGUCUUCUGCAUCUGCUCCUUUGGAUUCUCACAACCAAAAAGCUGAAUCAGCUGAGUCUCAAACUGUAAUCACUGAACCUGCACAACUAGCUGAAAAAAGCAAUGGAUCAGAAUUGACUUCUUCCAACGAAUCAAUUCAAAGCAUUCCAAGUCUUCCAACCUCUUGCUCUGCUCCUCAGUCUUCACCUAAAGAUACUCUAUGUUCUAAUGUUACCACAGAAGAUUCCAGUUCAGUCUCCAGCAUAUUGUCACCAAGUUCUGAUAAAAUAGAGGCACUGCAACCUGUCACCUCCUCACCACCUGAGAACGGCCAAACAACGGAUAAAAAUUCUAAAGAAUUAACAGAAUCUGAGUCUACUCAGGUUUGUCUACAGUCUGAUCCCAAGUUGACAUCAUCUGAGAUCCCUUCAGCAGUUGACUCUGCAAAAGUGGAGUCUGAUAUCGCUCCUGACACAUGCACAACCUUGACAGAACCAAACAUAGUCUCAUUACAUUCCACCACUAAGACAAAUUCCAGUGAAUCUGAGGUUCUUAGCUCAUCAGAGGAUGUCCAAUCUGAUAUCAAGCCUCCAGAUCCUAGCCUUACAUCACCCCUCAAGUCUGAGUUUCCUCAUGUAUCUAAUCUGGAAACUUCUACUAACAGACCUGAUCAAAUUGAGACUGGUACUAUCCACCUCCCGUCUGAGCAUUUCCCAUCAGAAACAUCUUCUCCUGCCAAUUUGGACAUUACUGCUAAUGCUCCCCAGUCCACAGCAAAUGCAUCUCCGCAAGAUGCUCAGAAACAAGCAACUCGUCCGUCCGAACUUAACCUGACAGGAUUUGUCAGUCCUGCUCCUGUUGAAACAGUACCCCGCUCUUCUCCUUUAACUGUGUCAGGUAGAUCAGUUUUGUCCUCAGAGGCAAGAAAAACAGAAACAAACAUGCCCGCGUCAUGCAGUCCUUCAAAUACACCAUCUCUUCCCAAGCAAAUCACAACAGACUCAAAUGAAACUACUCUCUCAUCAACAGAAACUUCUCACCCAACAGAGCCUACCUCAAAAAUCUCCACAGAGCCAGAGCCAAAACCUGAAUAUGUGACCCCGGAAAGCCAUGCUCCAGAGCCAUCUGAUCCUGCUGAAACAAGUAACAAAGACCAACAGAGUAAAAUAAGAAAAGAGCCAGAAUUGUCUGCCUCUGGUGAUAAAAAGUCUGAGGACACAAAUAAGGAAAUGCAUAUUACAACAGAGCAAUCUGUCAUAAGUGAAAAAACAAAUGACCAAGUAAAGGCAAAUAACUGCUUAGAGAAAGCAGAGAUUGUAUCAAAUCAAGUCAUUUCUGCGUCGUCACAGUCCAAGCAGCCAAAAGCGAGCCAGUCUCGCUACCAGUCAUCAACAGCCAACGUGCUCUCAAGCAGCAACCUUAGAGAUGAUACUAAGCUGCUGCUAGAGCAGAUUUCUGCUAAUAGCCAGAGUAGGAACGAGGCCACCAAAGAAUCUCCCGUCACUGAUGAUGAGAAAGAAGAUAAAGCUGACAAAGAUGCCAAAAGGCAAGCAGAAAGACAGAUUGGGACGUUUGGUAAAGGACAGCCUAAAUCGACAGAGGAGCGGGAGAAGCUGCUCGAGAGGAUCCAGAGCAUGAGGAAGGAGAGGAAAGUUUACAGUCGAUUUGAGAUGGCACCUUAACUGAUAUUCAAGGAAAGCUGAAGAGAAGACGGAAUGUGUACAGGAAGUGUAAAAAGAAUGUGAACUUGUUGAAAUGGUGAAUCUCACACAGAAGAAUACAAACUGGCUGUCACAAAGGUUUACCAAAGGGCUUCUUACUGUGGGUGAAUUACCAAUGCACAUAUACUGAGAAUAUGUGUGUGAUCAAACAGUUUAAGGGACUGCAUGGGUAUAGUGCAAUGUAUGCAAUGGUUUGUAUGAUCUUGCCUGCUCAGUGCAUUUACAUGCACAGUUUAGUCGAGCUAAGGCCGAAAUUGAUUUCUUAGCUGUGUAUGCCUGACCCUGUCUCCGUAGGUGGCGCUGUAUCACUCUAUAAACUAGUGCUAUUGAAUCAGUUUCCUGUUGACCUAUAAGUCACAGAAAAAUAAACAGCAAAAGGUGAGAUGGAUAGUGAGAUGGAUCGUGCUGUGGUUUCCUAUGUUUCGUACCUGCUAUACAUGUUAAUUGUGAUGCAAAUUAGAUGGAGCAUGGCUCUUGUGGUUGCUGUUGUCUAGAAAGACGCCGCCGCCACAUGAUUUCCAUCAGCAGUUUAUACAUCGUCUUCUACUUCCCAGGUCAAAGACCAGGGAGGAAAUUUUUGUGCAUGUGCAGAACGCCAAGUCUGACCCCAGUCUGACUAAGCGCAUACAUGCAGGAGUAAUCGGACUAUGAAUCACAUUUUCCAGGUAUGUUAGUCCGAUUAAGACUAGCUCGAUUUUAGUCAGACUGUCUAGUUUACAUGACAUUAAGAAAACUGAUUUACUGUCUUAGUCUGACAAAAAUCAUACUUUUAACGUGCAUGUAAACACAGUGAGUGAUGCCAGCUUACAAAAUGUGAUGCUUUAGCAUAAUACAACGAUCUUAAGUGGUGUACUCAUAAAACUGAAAUAAACUUUUGUUUGUAUCUUAAUCAUAAAUAAUAUAUGUAUUCGUAAAACAAAAAAAAGUGGCUAUGUGAAAUUAUAACCAUGCAAGGUUAUUGUUCCGAUGUUAAUAAAACAUUGUUUUAAUUAUUUGUAAUUCAAAAAAAGCAGUGAAAAACACAAGAUUGCAACAGAAUACCAGCUUUUACAUGAUGUACCUACAGUGUCACAUGUGUAAAUCCUCACAUACCAUACAGUAUGGAAUGUUUUUUUUUCUACACAUUUAACUAAUUUGAGACUUUAAUGUCAGUCUUAGAUGCUGUACUGUUUGUCUUAAAUGGUCUUUUCACCCAAAUCAAGUGUUUUAAAGCAGAUUAUUUGUACGUUAUUUGUGAAACAAACAAGUAUAAAUGUGUUGCCUUUUUGUUUUUGAAUGUCACCUUCCGUCAUGUAUAUCUGAAGCUACCUCAUAGAUGAGGUUAUAUUUUGUAAUAUGCUGCAACCAACCCUUUAUUAACUGCAAAGAAUUUACACAACUGUAUGUAGAGCACAACUGUUACACACUUUAUGAAAUAGGAUGUUUUAAUUUGUAAAUAAAAUGUCUUAGUAAUGUU